CAUACAUUUGUGUUGGUAAUGCAUGGUCGUCCCACAUUUUCCGUCUGCCCGCGAUCCGCCCCGACUUGAGGCUUUGCGGCGCCAUAGAUCACGCGGCCCGAGCACCGCGAGCGAGGUCACUCGAGGGCUUCCAGGGGCAAGCCAUUCGCCGGGAGCGCUCGAGGCAAGCGCUCGAGGCAAGCGCUCGCGUCCCAGUUGUAGACCUUCAGUGAGCCGCCGAGGAGGAGCGUUCGCGCCAGGGCGCCGGGGACACGAAAACAGAAUGGCCGCCCUGGCUGAACUAGCGAGGAUCCUGGCAGUCUUGGCCUCGGCAGGACUCGGCGCUCGAGGGCAAGUCGCAAGAACAAUUGAAGAUCGAGGAGGACUCUACAACAUGGUGUUCGGGUAUGCCAUGACCACACCCGAUGACUAUGACAGCGUCAUAACCUCCAGUGGAUGCGUGUGUCGAAGUCGCUGCCUCGCUCUAGCUGGCUGCCGCUCCGUGUCCCUGGUUCCCCUGGACGGAGACGCGGGCGGGAGAGUCGAGUGCCGCACGUCGGACAAACCCGCCAGGCUGUUGGAGCUGAAAGAACGGCCUCGCCUGGCCAAGACACCCGGGGCCGUGCACUUCCUGGAGACAUUCGAUGUCAGUGAGCAGGGAUGGAAGGUCAAUGAAAUCAACCUUGGACCAACUACCUCAAGCUUCACGCGACUAUUGGGUCACAUUGGCCAACGCCCGGGGUCGCCCUGUCGCAUAACCUGUCUCCGCCAAUUCAAUGCUUGUGUGAGGACUGGAUCCGUUGAGACAGCACUUCAGUAA